GGUCACACCAAGAUCAACGCCUUCAACUGGGCUAAGGUUCGAAAGCUGAGCUUCAAGAGGAAACGUUUUCUCAUCAAACUACGGCCUGAUGUGAAUAGUUCAUUCCAGGACACUCUGGAAUUCCUUAUGUCCAGUCGAGAUUUUUGCAAGUCUUUCUGGAAGAUCUGCGUGGAACAUCAUGCCUUUUUCAGGCUUUUUGAGGAACCUAAACCAAAGCCUAAACCUGUUCUUUUUUCUAGAGGUUCAUCAUUUAGGUUCAGUGGUCGGACUCAGAAGCAAGUUCUUGACUACGUUAAAGAAGGAGGGCACAAAAAAGUGCAGUUUGAAAGGAAACACAGCAAGAUUCAUUCCAUCAGGAGUCUGACUGCACAGCCUUCAGAGCAGCAUACAGAGGUGCCAAAACAAAGCUCUAGCUUUGCCUAUGGAGACGACAAUGAUGCUGCAGCAGUGCAGAGCUGCCGACAAGGGAAGGAAUUGAAGGCUUCAACAGAAGACACGGGACAGCACAAGAGCCCUUCCUUGAAGAAGAGCCCAAAGGAAGGCAGAAAGGUGGAUGGAGCAGUGGUGUCAACAGUGGAGGAAGAAGAGGAGGCUGCUAAGGACAGGAUGCAGCAGAACAGACCUCAGUCACAGCAACCAAGCACAGGUUCUCUGACUGGCAGCCCUCACCUUUCAGAGCUUUCCAUCAAUUCCCAAGGAGGACCAUCGGUGGCAAAUAUGUCUUUAUCUCCAAACUUGAGCCCUGAUGCCAAGCAGUCAUCUCCCUUGAUCAGCCCUUUGCUGAAUGACCCAUCAUGCAUCAGGACUGACGAUGAGGAAGAGGUCAAAAGAAAGAGAUUCCCGACUGAGAAAGCUUACUUCAUUGCUAAAGAAGUAGCUACCACAGAACGAACAUACCUGAAGGACCUUGAAGUCAUCACAUCGUGGUUUCAGAGUGCAGUGAGUAAAGAGGAUUGCAUGCCCGACACACUGAAAAAUCUCAUUUUCUCCAACUUUGAACCUUUGCACAAAUUUCACACUGGUUUUCUCAAGGAAAUUGAGCAGAGACUUGCUCUGUGGGAAGGCCGCUCUAAUGCUCACAUUAAAGGAGAUUACCAAAGAAUUGGGGAUGUUAUGCUAAAGAACAUUCAGAGUAUGAAGCAACUGACAAUUCACCUGUGGAAGCACAAUGAGAUUUUAACGGAGUUGGAGAACGGGAUCAAGAACUCUCGCAAGCUGGAGACCUUUUGCAGGGAUUUCGAGCUACAGAAGGUCUGCUACUUGCCUCUCAAUACCUUCCUUCUCAGACCAUUACACAGGCUUAUGCACUACAAGCAGAUAAUGGAGAGGCUUUGCAAACACUACCCACCAAGUCACAUAGACUUCAGGGAUUCGAGAGCUGCUUUGGCUGAGAUUUCUGAAAUGGUGGCUCAGCUCCAUGGCAAUAUGAUAAAGAUGGAGAACUUCCAGAAGCUGCAUGAACUCAAGAAAGACUUGAUAGGCAUAGACAAUCUGGUGAUACCAGGAAGGGAGUUCAUUAGACUGGGCAGUCUUAGUAAGUUGUCUGGAAAAGGUUUACAGCAACGGAUGUUCUUCCUGUUUAAUGAUAUUUUGUUGUACACAAGUAGAGGCCUGACAGCAUCAAAUCAGUUUAAAGUCCAUGGGCAUCUUCCGCUGUAUGGCAUGACA